UAAUAAUAAUAAUAGUUGUUCAUGACUUCUAAAAUGAACUCACUGUUAGUUAUUUAAAGCCACUGCAAUGAAACAAUAACAAAGGCAAUCAUAGACUACAAUUUUACGAGUUUGCGUUUUAGAUACAAUCAAUGCAACAACGAGUCGUUGUUACUUUAAAACGCACUUCUUUCCCAGGCGCUUAAACGCUGUAUUCAACGUGUCUGCCACUUUAAGAUCAAAUUCUUACUCCGGAUUGCAAACUGUAGUUGCCAAUCAGACAUAUAGGGCGGUGUUUACGUACGAUCAGGGUAGACUGCGCCGCAUGGAAUCAAAGCAGUGCAUUUACGGAACAUUGGGCUUUCAAUUGUAGUCCAGUUAACAAAUCAUUUGAAUUGGGUGGGUCUCUUUAGGGGGCAGUUCCAUUAAUUGCAGCUUCAGAUUGGCUGGAUAUUUUUUUUUGGUUCUUCUGUUUUUCUGGCUAUAUGUAAAAUACUGCUUAGUUGCAAUAACGUUCCACAAUCACCAGCAUGCAACAGUUAUUUCAAGUUUAAAGAUUAACUAGAGGUGAUUAUUCUAAGAACAGCGGUGCGAAGGUGUGUGCCUGCACAAGGCUGGUGCCGCCGCUGCUACUUCUGCUGCUGCUGUGGGAGCGCAAGGAUUGAAAAAAAAAAACGAUUUUUAAAGGAGAGGUCAAUUAAACCAAACAGAAGCAAUCACCAUGACCGAGAAGAGGGUAUCGAGAUGGUAUUUUGGAGGACUUGCGUCUUGCGGAGCGGCGUGUUGUACGCAUCCCCUUGAUUUGAUAAAGGUACACCUGCAGACUCAGCAGGAGGUGAAGAGUCGCAUGACCGGGAUGGUGAUUCAGGUGGUCCGCAGCGACGGUGUGCUGGCGCUCUACAGCGGCCUGAGUGCCUCCCUCUGCAGACAGAUGACGUACUCCCUGACCCGCUUUGCAAUCUACGAGACGGUGAGGGACAGGAUCUCCAGCGGGAGCCAAGCACCCCUCCCCUUUUACCAGAAAGUGCUGCUGGGGGCCUUUGGAGGUUUUACCGGUGGCCUCGUAGGAACACCUGCAGAUUUGGUUAAUGUGAGAAUGCAAAAUGACGUGAAACUUCCUGCACACCUCAGGAGAAAUUAUGCCCAUGCACUAGAUGGGUUAUACAGAGUAUGGCAUGAAGAGGGGCUGAGGAGGCUGUUUUCAGGAGCAACUAUGGCAUCCAGUAGAGGAGCUUUAGUCACAGUCGGGCAGCUGUCUUGCUAUGACCAAGCUAAACAAGCAGUCUUAAGCACUGGUAUUCUAUCAGACAAUAUCUUCACCCAUUUCCUCGCCAGCUUUAUCGCUGGUGGUUGUGCCACGUUCUUGUGCCAACCUCUAGACGUGAUGAAGACCAGACUGAUGAACUCCAAAGGAGAAUAUCGGGGCGUCAUGCACUGUCUGAUUGAGACGGCAAAGUUGGGACCCAUGGCUUUUUAUAAGGGUCUAGUUCCAGCUGGAAUUCGAUUGGUCCCGCACACAGUACUCACCUUCAUUUUCCUGGAGCAGUUGCGCAAGAACUUUGGGAUGAAAGUAAUCGCCUGAGAAACCCUGGAACUUUCCUUUCAGACCUUCUAUUUCCACAGCAACUCAGAAUAAUCCUAGAAUAUAUUUCUUCUUCUAGAGUUCUGUCAAUUUCUCUUGAACUCCUUUGUCAGUGAUUGUUAGCCUCCGUUAGCCCCUAGAAUCUUAAUAUAUUGUGAAUAGAAAGAAAUAUCUGAAUUGAUUGAUGGAAAAACCACAUUCCUGGUAGAUGUAUACAUGUUAUAUAUAUAUAUAUAUAUAUAUAUA